CCCCAAGGAUGGGGUAAGUUUAUUCAAGUUUCCCAUAGAUCCCGAGCUGCAUGCGAAGUGGGUGAAGCAAGUCAGGCGCACUCGUGACAAGUGGGAGCCCUCACCAACAUCUGUCCUGUGCUCUGAACACUUCGAUUUGGAUUGUUUUGACACCCUUCCCAGCUUAAAAGAAUCUCUUGGGUGUUCAGUUCAGCACAAACGUGUGUUGCUGCCAUCAGCAGUGCCUACAGUAUUCCGGAGGGGGUCGACUAGUAGCUAUGCCGGAUCCAGCAGUCGCCUGGGACAAGGCGACUCCUCCAAAGACAGUCCUCCUAUCAGAACAUGUGUUGAGAAACGACAUAAGAUAAAGCUGUGUGAAGACAUGAACACAGACACAUCCAAAGAUGGAGGGAUGUCAGAAGUCCGUGUGAAGAAAGAGGAGACGCUGGAGCUGAACAUCUCCAACCAUGGAGACUACCUCGACAACCCCCCUGAAUGUCUUUCCAUUAACAUGGAAGAUCAUGACAAUAAAGCCUACCUCUACUGUGAAGUUUGCAAAUCCUUCUUCUUCAACAAAUGUGAGGUUCAUGGACUGCCCCUCUUCAUCUCAGAUACUCCUGUUCCCAUGGGAGUCUCUGACCGAGCCAGACAAACUCUUCCUCCUGGGCUAGAAAUCAAGAAGUCCAAUAUUCCUGAUGCAGGCCUGGGAGUGUUUAAUAAGGGGGAGACGAUUCCAGUAGGUGCACACUUUGGACCCUACCAGGGAGAGCUGGUAAACCGAGAGGAAGCCAGGAAAAGUGGAGACUCCUGGGUUGUAUACAGGAGCAUGCAGUGUGAAAAAUGCAUCGACACGAAAAGAGAGAUGCAUGUGAAUUGGAUGAGGUAUGUGAAUUGUGCCCAUAAUAAUAAAGAACAGAAUCUUGUGGCAUUUCAGUAUCGAGGGGGAAUUCUAUAUCGUUGCUGUCAACCCAUUAACCCAGGACAGGAGCUCUUGGUGUGGUAUGAAGAGGAGGGCACCAAAGAACUCAGUCCUGCACCUACAGGAACAACCAGACAGAAAGAAGUAAAGAACACUUUGCUGCAAGUCUUUUCCUGCUCCACAUGUCCUCUUUCCUGUGCAUCUCAAAUUUACCUUGACCAGUGCAUCCAAAGAUGCCACAAUGAAGAGUCUGUGAGACUUCAGGACUCAAGAGACAUUAAAUAUGAACUUCAGAUCCCCUCCACAUGCUCCAGUAGUCAGCCAACAUCAACUGAUACUCUCAGUUCUGACACUUCUCAUAAAGAUGUAGAGAAGGAAAUUCACCACAGCUCAGACUGUGGAAAGAGUUUUGGUCAUCAGAAUGCACUCAAAUGGAACCAGUGCAGUCACAAAGGAGUAAAGCCACAUGACUGCUCACAGUGUGGGAAGAAUUUUACUGAACAGAGUGCUCUCCAAAGACACCAGCACAUUAACACAGGAGAGAAGCCAUAUCACUGCUCACAGUGUAGAAAGAGUUUUACUCAUCAGAGUCAUCUUCGUCAACACCAGCACAUUAACACAGGAGAGAAGCCGCAUCACUGUUCACAGUGUGGAAAGAGUUUUACUUAUCAGAGUGCUCUCAAAACACACCAGCGCAUUCACACAGGAGAGAAACCAUAUCACUGCUCACAGUGUGGAAAAAGUUUUACUUGUCAUAGUAAUCUCCACAAGCACCAGCGCAUUCACACAGGAGAGAAGCCGUAUCACUGCUCACAGUGUGGAAAGAGUUUUACUCAUGAUACUACUCUCAAAACACACCAGCGCAUUCACACAGGAGAGAAACCAUUUCACUGCUCACGGUGUGGGAAGAGUUUUACUCAGCAGAGUCAUCUCCAAUGGCACCUGCGCAUUCACACGGGAGGGAAACCAUUUCACUGCUCACGGUGCGGAAAGAGUUUUACUCAUCAGAGUGAUCUCCAAACACACCAGCGCAUACACACAAGAGAGAAGCCGUAUCACUGCUCACAGUGUGGAAAGAGUUUUACUCAUCAGAGUGCUCUCCAAAAACACCAGCGCAUUCACACAGGAGAGAAGCCGUAUCACUGCUCACGGUGCGGUAAGAGUUUUACUCAUCAGAGUGAUCUCCAAACACACCAGCGCAUUCACACAGGAGAGAAGCCGUAUCACUGCUCACAGUGUGGAAAGAGUUUUACUCAGCAGAGUCAUCUCCAAAAACACCAGCGCGUUCACACAGGAGAGAAGCCGCAUCACUGUUCACAGUGUGGAAAGAGUUUUACUCAGCAGAGUCAUCUCCAUCAACACCAGCGCAUUCACACAGGAGAGAAGCCAUAUCACUGCUCACAGUGUGGGAAGAGUUUCACUCAUGAUACUACUCUCAAAACACACCAGCGCAUUCACACAGGAGAGAAGCCGUAUCACUGCUCACGGUGCGGUAAGAGUUUUACUCAUCAGAGUGAUCUCCAAACACACCAGCGCAUUCACACAGGAGAGAAGCCGUAUCACUGCUCACAGUGUGGAAAGAGUUUUACUCAGCAGAGUCAUCUCCAAAAACACCAGCGCGUUCACACAGGAGAGAAGCCGCAUCACUGUUCACAGUGUGGAAAGAGUUUUACUCAGCAGAGUCAUCUCCAUCAACACCAGCGCAUUCACACAGGAGAGAAGCCAUAUCACUGCUCACAGUGUGGGAAGAGUUUCACUCAUGAUACUACUCUCAAAACACACCAGCGUAUUCACACAGGAGAGAAGCCGUAUCACUGCUCACAGUGUGGGAAGAGUUUUACUCAGCAGAGUGCUCUCCAAAAACACCAGCGCACUCACACAGGAGAGAAACCAUUUCACUGCUCACGGUGCGGAAAGAGUUUUACUCAUCAGAGUAAUCUCCAAACACACGAGCGCAUUCACACAGGAGAGAAGCCGCAUCACUGCUCACAGUGUGGAAAGAGUUUUACUCAUCAGAGUGCUCUCCAAAAACACCAGUGCAUUCACACAGGAGAGAAACCAUUUCACUGCUCACGUUGUGGAAAGAGUUUUACUCAUCAGAGUCAUCUCCAAACACACCAGCGCAUUCACACAGGAGAGAAGCCGUAUCACUGCUCACAGUGUGGAAAGAGUUUUACUCAGCAGAGUCAUCUCCAUGAACACCAGCGCAUUCACACAGGAGAGAAGCCGUAUCACUGCUUACAGUGUGGGAAGAGUUUUACUCAGCAGAGUCAUCUCCACAAACACCAGCGCAUUCACACAGGACUGAAGCCGUAUCACUGCUCACAGUGUGGAAAAAGUUUUACUCUUCAGAGUCAUCUCCACAAACACCAGCGCAUUCACACAGGAGAGAAGCCGUAUCACUGCUUACAGUGUGGGAAGAGUUUUACUCAGCAGAGUCAUCUCCAACAACACCAGCGCAUUCACACAGGAGUGAAGCCGUAUCAGUGCUCACAGUGUGGAAAAAGUUUUACUCGUCAGAGCGAUCUCCAAACACACCGGCGCAUUCACACAGGAGAGAAGCCGUAUCACUGCUCACAGUGUGAAAAGAGUUUUACUCGUCAGAGCGAUCUCCAAACACACCGGCGUAUUCACACAGGAGUGAAGCCAUAUCACUGCUCACAGUGUGGAAAAAGUUUUACUUGUCAUAGUAAUCUCCACAAACACCAGCGCAUUCACACAGGAGAGAAGCCGUAUCACUGCUCACAGUGUGGAAAGAGUUUUACUCAUGAUACUACUCUCAAAACACACCAGCUCAUUCACACAGGAGAGAAACCAUUUCACUGCUCACGGUGUGGGAAGAGUUUUACUCAGCAGAGUCAUCUCCAACGACACCUGCGCAUUCACAUGGGAGAGAAACCAUUUCACUGCUCACGGUGCGGAAAAAGUUUUAUUCAUCAGAGUGAUCUCCAAACACACCAGCGCAUUCACACAGGAGAGAAGCCAUAUCACUGCUCACAGUGUGGAAAGAGUUUUACUUAUUCAGUUACAUUUAAAACCCACAAGUGCAAUAACUCCAAGACAUUGCAUGAUUUAAAGUUGUCAAAUUAAAUGUUUUUAUUCAUGCUUUUGCUGAAAAUGUCCUGUACUUUGAUCCUAAUUGUUCAUAUUAAAGGACUACAUAUUUUAAAACAAUCUUAUAGUGAUUUUUAAACAAGACUAUUAAUGUUUUCUUUUGAUCUUAUGUAGUUAUUAAGUAGUCAUUAAUUACCAC